CAGUCUGGUCAGGCUUCUGCGGCCCUUCUAGAUGCUGGUCCAGGAGGCGAGCAAUCUGCAGGCUUUAAGUUGGGUGCUGCCGAUACUGCACUACUUGCACAUCUUCCUGGAGCAGGAUCAGAGGCACUUUGAGGAGCAAAGUGGUGGGGAGAUGGGUGCAGCCAUCCGGUUGCCCAGGGCUUGGCCCUGCAGCUCUACAGACUGUCAGCUCAGUGAGCUCUUCCACCAUAAGGAGUUCAUGCUGGCGACUCUACUGGACCCCCGCUUCAAGGGCCAGAUUGAGGCCAUCCUGCCCGUGGGGGCCGACAUUGACCACUGGAAGCAAGUUCUCGUGUACAAGGUGAGGGAGGUUAUGGUGUCUGAAUACUCCUUGUCUCCCCCACCCUUCCUGCAGAGCCCCAAGGUUAUGUGGACACCACCUGAAGUGAGAGUAGCCAAGGGCCCCAGGGCUGAGGGGAAGGGCCAGAUGGAGCGUGUGUGGAGAAGCAGUAGAUCUGGGUCUUUGCUGCUGGGCCAGAGGGGAAGACCUUGCUGGAGCCUGGAAAGUGUAGGGCUGCUACCAUCUCAGAGAAACAGAGCUUUGCUCUCCACUGAGAACCACCUGGCCACAGUCAUUGUCAAGAAGUACCUGCGUGAGAACAAGAUAGUUGGCGCCCAGGAGGAUCCCUUGGCUUACUGGGAGAAGAGGCAGGAAGUCUGGCCAGUCCUGGCAAAACUGGCCACUGUCUAUCUGUCCUGUCCUGCUACCAGCACCUUUUCUGGAAGUGUCUUUGCCUCCCUGGAUAGUCCCACCAUCAUAGAGUAA